AUGCAUCAACUUCUUACCUACGACCAGAUUAACUUCGCGACCAAGCAAACCUCCUCCUCCGUGAAUACUCGCGACUUGCCAACUUCGGCAGCUUCUCUAUACAUCCAAAUGAGUUCGUUCCCCUGCGUCGCCAUGGUUUAUUUCUUCGUUCCUAAGAAGAAGAAUCAGCAGAAGCUCGAGGCGCAUGAAGAACAAGGGUAG